UAUGUCGCCCGUAAGGUGAGGAAUACACAUUUUUCUCAGUAAAAUAAUAUUAUUGGAAGUCUGUUUGUUGGAAUUAAAAAAGAGGUUGUGAAGAAACACAUGUGUAAUGCAUUGUGUGUAAGGUAUACCAUUGCUACCCAACAUUUAGUUGUCUUCAUGGAAUAUCUGCGUCUUGCAAGUAUCACUCCCAUACAGGAUGCUAAUUAAAUAAGUCAACAGAUUAUAUUUGACCAGGGUGUAAAGUCAACUGAAUGUAAACGAAAUAUUACUGUUGCAUUACCAUCGUGAACGUUCCGCGGCGCACUGGAGUAAUUCUGGCGUAAAACUAUUCAAGAAAUUAGCGGUUAUUUCGCGAGGGGAAAACUAACGAUGUGCCAAAUUCUUCUAAAAUAGUAACGAAUUUACUGAGCUUUGAUAUGCACGUGAUAAAAAUGUACAUCAACGCUUCCUAAAUAUAACGAAAGAAUAGCCUACCAGUAACUACUAAGAUGUAAUAUCGUUUGCUAGGGUGAAAUGAGUAUCAUGCAUAUUUAAUAGGACGAUUAAUAUCACAUUGAACAACGAAUCACCGUACUCCAAACAGCAUAAUCUGAUAUCUAUAUGCAUGUCGAUUUGCUUGUGAAAAUACUUAAAGUCCGUAUGAGUCUUGUGCAGUAUCGGACAUAAUUAACAAACUGUAUUUUAAUUUGUCACUGCUGUAAUUAGUAUUGCAAUAAUAAGUACAUAUAAUAUCAAACAUUUCAAAAGCUUAUCUUUUGCAGCAUUUUUCUUGCUCAAAUGUUGAUGCUGAACAGUAGUAUUUGGCUUUGGUUCCCUCGUGUGGCACUGUGCAGGUACUGUCACCCAAAUAAACUAUUACAAAAGUAAGUUCAUGUUAUAUAUAUACCAAAGGAUGUAGGCUGUGUAAUCUAACUUAUUGCUUACUUUAAUUGUUUGUUUUAAUCAUCGAUAAAAUCUUAUUUCAUGGAGUAAGUCAAUUCCUUGCCUUAUAUUUCCCAUAAAUAAAAUUAAACAUGUUAACCGUUGCAGAAAUGUGUUAUGUCCGAUAUAAGUAAUAUGUUUAUAUACACAACGCGACUAAAACAUUUAUUAAUCUUUGUCGGUCAUAAAAGUAUUUAUUGAAAAAAAAAUAUGCAGUCGACAUUCGGUUAAGAAAUGUAGAAGUGACAUUUUAAGCGACAGUGACACAUGUAGAAUAAUUUACAUGGACAGUAAUGAUGUAGAAAAUGACGCCCGGCACCCAAGACCGUCGGCGAUAAGGGAGGUAGGAAGCUUGGUGUUACGGUAGGCAGAGACUCGGUGACGUCUCUCUAUCGCCUCCCACCCCCCAUACUGAAGCUCAGCAAUCAGCCGCGAUGAGAGACGCUCAUCCUAACCUCAUAAAGGAAGGCUGGAAGGCCGAAGCACAGAAGGGAAGGCCAGGCAGCGCGCACCAUGGCACCCGUCGGCUUAAAGGCUUUGGUCGGAGACAAAAUUAUGAACGACGUUAUUAAAAAAGUCAAAGAGAAAGGAGUAUGGAAGGUGCUGGUGGUGGACCCGCUCAGCAUGAGGAUGCUGUCGUCCUGUUGCAAGAUGACUGACAUCAUGCCUGAGGGCAUCACUAUUGUUGAAGACAUAAACAAGAGACGUGAGCCUCUCCCCAGCCUGGAGGCCAUUUACCUUCUCACUCCCACUCAGCAGUCAGUACAGGGGCUGAUCUCAGACUUCGUCGACCCCAGGUCUCCACAGUACAAAGGAGCGCAUGUCUUCUUCACUGACUCAUGUCCUGACCUCCUGUUCGAUGAUCUGGUAAAGUCCCGGGCCUCCAAAAAAAUCAAGACCUUGACAGAGAUCAACAUCGCCUUCUUGACCUACGAGUCGCAGGUGUACUCUCUGGACUGCUCGGAUGUAUUCCAAAGCUUUUACAGCCCUUACAAGACUGAGAUGAAGAACCCAGUCAUGGAGAGGCUUGCUGGUCAGCUUGCAACGCUGUGUAGUACCCUGAAGGAGUACCCCUCCAUCCGUUACAGAGGGGAGUGCAAGGACACUGCCACACUGGCACAACUGGUUCAGGACAAGUUGGAUGCAUACAAGGCGGACGACCCCAGCAUGGGAGAGGGUCCUGAUAAAGCCCAGUCACAGCUGCUGAUCCUGGACAGAGGCUUUGACCCCGUCUCCCCGGUCCUGCACGAACUCACGUUCCAGGCCAUGAGCUACGACCUGCUGCCCAUCGAGAAUGACGUCUACAAGUAUGAGACCAGUGGCAUGGGAGAAACCCGGCUGAAAGAGGUUCUGCUGGACGAGGACGACGACCUGUGGGUGACCCUACGUCACAAGCACAUCGCUGAGGUGUCCCAGGAAGUGACUCGCUCUUUGAAGGAAUUCUCUGCCAGCAAAAAGAUGAACACCGGAGAGAAGACUACCAUAAAGGACCUCUCCCAGAUGCUGAAAAAGAUGCCUCAAUAUCAGAAGGAGCUGAGCAAGUACUCUACCCAUCUUCAUCUGGCUGAGGACUGCAUGAAGCACUACCAGAGCUCUGUGGACAAGCUGUGCCGCGUGGAACAGGACCUGGCCAUGGGCACUGAUGCAGAAGGAGAAAAGAUCAAGGACCCCAUGAGGACCAUUGUUCCUAUCUUGCUGGAUGCCAAUGUCAGCACUUACGACAAGAUCCGCAUCAUUCUGCUUUAUAUCAUCCUCAAAAACGGAAUCACGGAAGAGAACCUGACCAAGCUCCUACAGCACGCGCAGAUUCCCCCAGACGACAGCGACAUCAUCCUCAACUUGGCUAACCUGGGUGUGCCCAUCAUCUCAGAUCCCAACGUACGCCGGCCCAAAAAACCUGACCGCAAAGAACGCGCCAGUGAGCAGACAUACCAGUUGUCCCGGUGGACCCCCCUGGUGAAGGACCUCAUGGAGGAAGCCAUCGAGGACAAGCUGGACCCCAAGCAGUACCCCUUCAUCUCCACGCGCAGCCCUUCUUCCCAUGGAGGUACCACUGGCAGUGCUCGGUAUGGACAGUGGCACAAGAAUAAGCCCCCCGCAGAGGUGCGAGCGGGCCCCCGCCUCAUCGUCUUCAUCAUCGGGGGGGUGUCCUUCAGUGAGAUGCGCUGUUCCUACGAGGUGACACAGGCAAGCGGCAAGUGGGGGGUCAUCAUUGGUUCCACACACACACUCACCCCUAAGAGAUUCCUCAUGGACCUGCGGCACCCCGACUUUGUAGACCCCAGUGAGCCCCACGAAGAGGAUCCUGAACAAACCAAUAAAGACCCCACACCCUAACCCCUGCUCAACGCCUCGACAGCCUCAAGGAGACGACAAGAACAGAGGAGGAGGAGGAGGAAACCAAAACAGACCCACUUUCAUCUCACAUGACCAUCCCCUUUGUUCGUCACUUUCACGUCUCCUCCUGAUUACUUUUUCAUUCCUCUCCUUCAGUGCUUUUUUAUGCCUAUCCAUCAUCCCCCUUUCAUCACAUUCCUUCAUUUCUCCAUUCAUAACUUUCCUUCAUACUCUUUUUAAUUUAUCAUUUUUUGAUCCUAUUGUUUGUGUUUUAGAGGCAGAUUGCAAUAGAGACAAAUGCAUAACAUAAGUGUUUAUACUCAAGGAAUUUUAGGAUAUAAUUAUACAGACCCAUUUAAAUUAAUAUCCAGUUAUCUUUGCUAUAGGAAGCCUAACUGUAUAAAUACUAGGUGUCAGGGCAGGACUCAUAUUUGCUCUAAUGAUACUCUUGGAGUGACAUGACUUGUUAACACAGCGUGUUAAAAGCACGAGCGGCCAGCUGAGAGCUUUGUGAAAGCUGACUGCCUCUGGAUUAAGAGUGCACAUGAUAUUUUGCAGUAAUAUUGACUUCAGACUAGAUAGCCUAAACUAAAAGCAGGGCUACCUACUUUACUGAUAGAAUUCCUCUCCAUGCAUUUGUUUGAAAGGGAGAUUUACUGUAAAAAUUCCAUUUAGUGUUAAUAGCAAUACAUUUACCACAUGCAACAUUUCCCAAAGACUCCCAUUAGCAACUUAUAUAGUUGGAACCGUUCAGUUGCAUGCUUCCAACUAUGUAAGUUGCUAAUGCUCUUAGUGACUAUGUUCAGGGGAAACACCCCUGGACAGGGAUUUUUGGGUAUUCAGUGAUCACAUUUACCUCCAUUUACAUGCCAGUAGUACUUGUUUGUGUUUCAGCUUCUAGUUCCAGUAAUAAUUUCCACUGUAGAAACAUCCCCAUCUCAGAAAAUAUCAUAGCACCAUGUGUUUAGCUGUAGUCAGUGGGAACCAAGGAAAAUACUCUGUAACAGUUUUCCUGCAAUGACACAACACCACUUGUGAAAUGAAUCUGUGAACAGAGCCGUUAAUAUAUGUUACCUUUACCCUCAUUUACUGUAUAUUCUGAUUGGGUAUGUUAUGUUCUCUAGUGUCUCUGUUUUGUAAUAGAUAAGCCCCAGUUUUCAAAUACCUUCUUGUUUGUGUAGGUUUUGCUUAGUGAUCCUGCGAUCUGUGUCUCCGCUGUUUAUCAAAGAGAGAGCUUUAAUAAAGAGUUUGUACCCUUUA